CUGUUUCGCCAUUAGGCAACAAUAGCAAUCAAAACAAAACAGGGGAAACGCACGCGCUGCAAAACGCAGAAGAAACAUUCGAUUUUUGAUGAUGGUUCUCGAAUAAAAUAGAUUUGAUAAAUUGCCGGACGCGAUGCAAUCAAUGAAACAAAUUGGGAAAUACAACAACAGCUGGCAGCAAAGAAGAAGCUUAAUGAAUAGUACGUAAAAGUCAAAGUACAAACAAAAACAUAACAGCGACAAAAAGACACGGCGAUUAGUCAGCAUCCGGCUAAAGGAAGAGUGUGAAAGAGACGAAACGAGAGCAGAGUGCAAAUACAUAAAAGUAAAAUUUUUAAGUGCCAUGUCGACGGAAAGCGAGUUCCUGGAGUCCUACGAGGCCAUCAAGCGCUCCUACAAGGCAGCCAUGCAGCAGGUGGAGUUGGCCAUCGGCCACGAGGAGUCUGAAUCCCAGGAGGCGGCAAUUGCGGCCUACGAAGAGGCGCUGCAAAUGAUCGAAGCGACGUUUGGCAUCUCGGUGGGAUUGCCGGAUGAGAUCGAUGCAGUGCAGACGCAAUGGAACGAUGCGUGUGCGCUCAUCCAGAAGCUGAAGAGCGCCAAGAGCGAGGUGAGCUAUCGCCUCAAAGUUCUUCGCGCCCAGCAGUCGCCCAUUGAUGAUGGCGCCGAGGAGGCAAAGGAGGAGGAGGUGGAGCAAACGGAUGGCAAAUCGCACAGCAAGGCACGGCCACUGCUUGCCGAGAAUCCUUCGACUUUCUACGACAUAGCCAAUCCCAGCGGCAGACCAAAGACCUACAAGGAGCUGGCCGCAGGAUUGCGUCAGCUGCUGGCCAGUCAUGAGGCACAGGCGCAGCUCGAUGAGUUGUUUCAGGCUCAGGUUAAGCUCUACCGGAUUGAGGCAAGCGGUGUGGUCACCACGGUGUCGGGCAGCACCAAAAUGUCGCUCAUCAUGUGCACCGUGGGUGGCAAAUGGAAAUAUCUGAGCGGGAUUUACUUCAUCCAAUGCGAUAUGCCGCAGACAGAGGGGGAACAAAUGAUCUGGAUCUAUCCGCUGAUACCGAAUGUGUCGAAUUGCUAUCGCACCGAGUACGGGGCCUUCAUAUUGCCGGACAUGGAAUCGGAGCAGCCGGGCAAUGCCUUUGGCAUAAUGCUGGUGAAGCCACAGCGUCCGCUUAGCACCACAGCCGGCGAGACGGAGGAGGAGCAAAUGGCCGAUCUGCAGCAGUUUCUGCUCGAUCUGCUCGAGGCGGUGCUGGCGGGCACUGUGGAGGAGCUGCGUUCGCCGCACACACAACGUGCUGCGGCCGCUGCCACACGAUCCGAGCAGGUGUCGCAGCACAUUGUGUGCGCCGCCGAUUUCAUAGCGCGCAAUCUGGUGAAGGGUGCCGAGAAAACGGGCGGACUGAUGAUGCGCACCACGCCGUAUCUGAUCUCCAAGAUGACGCCAGCUGCCCCGGAUGCCCAGACUCAGGUUCCAUCCUCAGUCCAAACUGGCGUUGAGGUCGCACAAAAGGUGACACAUGCCGCUGCCGGAGUCACGGGCUGGAUUGCUGGCAAGGUGGGCACAGCGGCAGUUGCUGUCGGUGGCUAUUUGGCGCCUCAUGUCCAGACCCAAGGCUCCAAGCUGCUGCAGCGCGGCUUUGGCUACGACAGCUCGCAGGCGGACAGCGCCAUGGAGGGCGCCAUGACCAUUGCGGCGGGCGCCGUUGAGGGCGUCACCACGGUCUUCGAUGGUCUCGAGACUUCUGCCAAGAUCUUGGGCACCAAUCUGAGCGAAAACUCCGUCAAGAUCAUUGAGCACAAAUACGGCGCCUCCGCUGGAAAUUUGGCCUGCGGUACUUUUGAUACAGUGGGAAAUGCUUUUGUCAUCAGUCAGAAUGUCAACUAUAUUACACCAAAGGGAUUGGCCAAGAAGUUGGUGAAGAAAACGGGUGAAGCGGUUAUCACCGACCAUAAGCGGGACUUGCGUAAACCUGAAUCUCAUUAUAUCAAUGCAGGCGCACUUUAUCCGGAUUUGAGAGCACUCAAAGAGGAAUAAUUUAAAGACAUUAAUGAUAUUAGUUGAAAACAUUCGAUAUUAUCUCCAAAUAAUCGUUGAUAUUUAUAUGUAAUCUCAAUUAGACAAUACACUUUAUAAUUAUAUCGCUUUUAUAUGCUUUAGUUUAAUAAAUUCAUAAUAUGGAAAACUG